UCGGUAACUCUCACGGCGUCCGGAGCUGUGAGCAUGCGCACAGUGAUCCGAGCGGCGCCGGGGCCCGGGAGCUGCUGAUGCCAGAGGCUCGGGCCCCGCUCUCGGCUGGGCCAUGGCCCCGCGGCCCAAGGCCUUCAAGAUCCGCAGGCUGCGCGGCCCCCAGAAGUACGGGCUGGCGGGGCGGAGCCUGCCGGAGCUGCUGCGCAAGGCGGGCAAGCGGCUGCAGCUUCCUUUUCCCGACUGCCGGCUCUGUUUGUAUGAGGAUGGGACAGAACUGACUGAAGGUUACUUCCACAGCGUUCCAGAUAAUACAGACCUUGUACUACUAGCCCCAGGGGAGACCUGGCAGGGUUUUGUCAGUGACAUAGAUCACUUCCUAAAUACAUUUUACGCACAAAAAGAUGACAUUGUUGAGGCUGCACAAAAGCUGCUAUCAGAUGAGCAGGCUCCCAAGAGACAGAAGCUUCUAGUGGAUCUCAUAUCAAACCUAAGUGAAAACAUUUUGGCGGAAAGCAGAGAGGAAGACAGAAAGUGGUUUGAAGUUUGUCAUCUUUCUGAUACAGAAGCGCCUGGAACUAAACAUCGUAUGCCAGGUAUGGAGUCUCGCUUUAAGAAUAAAUCAAGUUAUAUGAGAUACAGUUGUGAAAGCAGAAUACGAAGUUAUAUGAAAGAGGUUAGCAGUUAUACUUCAGCUGUUCAUCCAGCAGCACAAGCAGAAUAUAAAAGAAUAACUGACUUUAUGUUGGAUAAACUGAAGUCUGUUAAAUAUAAUGGCUGUUACUUUGACAGAAGAGAGGAGGCGGCGGUCCGCCUUUGCACUACUGAGGGAUGGUUCUCCUGUCAAGGUCCUUUUGACAGGGAUUACUGCCUGUGUAAACAUUCCAUCAAUCCCUACAGUAACAGGGAGAGCAGAAUCCUCUUCAGUACGUGGAAUCUCGAUCAUAUAAUAGAGAAGAAACGUACUAUUGUACCAACACUGGCAGAAGCUGUCAAAGAACAAGAUGGAAGGGAAGUAGCCUGGGAAUACUUCUAUCAGUUGCUAUUUACUCUGGAAAAUUUAAAACUAGUGCAUAUUGCUUGCCAUAAGAAAGCCAGCCAUAAUCUCACCUGUGACAAAACUAAAAUAUACAGAAAAAGAAAGCGAAUGCAGAAGGUCUCAAAGUGACUUCCCUGAAGAUGGCUUUUUGCUGUGGUUUUCUAAACUAUAUGAAAGGACACCAUUUAUAAUAUUUCUGAAAUUCUUAGUGAAAGAACAUCAUAGAUUGAUCUCUUCUUGCUAAAUUCCCUAAUAUGUGUGGCUGCAAUCAAACCUCAUUCAAACAUUUGUCAUUCCACCUUUCAUACAGUUGGUUUCUGAGGCCCCAGCUCAUUUUCUGUGAGGUAGUUAAGUUGUUCUACAGAGCUUACAGCUGGGCAAACAAUCCAUGUGCCUUAGAUUUACCAAAGGCUACCACACAGUUAGUGGCAGAGCUACUCCCAGUUCUGUGUCCCUGUGAUCUCUGCUCUAAUCUACUAAUGACUCCCAUUUUUAACCUAUUAUUUUACAUACAUAUUUUCUAAAGAAACUAUCAGUGGUGCUAGAUUCUUUUUUUUUUCUUGGUUCAUAUUCCUCUUUUGUUUUUUUUUAAAAAACAUCUUCCAACUUCCUUGGCUGCUUGACAUUUCUUGCAGUGUUGUGCAGUACUGCAUAUGAAGGAUAUUAUAGGAAAAGGCAUUGUAUGUUCAAUAUCUUUGAUAAUUGUCUGUUCAUCAGCUGUGCUCCCCUCUACCUCUUAAUUAUGUAGUAAAAUGUGAAUGAUUUUUUUUAAAAAAGGCCAUCUGAAAUCAACUGAAUUCUCAGGAACUAUGUUAAUGUAAAACUUCAAUGUAUUUUUAUAUAUUUGUUUAAUAAAGAUCUUUCAGGCA